AUGUCACCUGUACCCAAUGAAGCAGACCCCGAAGUGCCACGAAUGGAUCCCAGGAUUCUUAUUUUCCUUCUCUAUGUGAUGAUCCUUCAUGAGCUGGUGAGUGGCUGGAUGGAGUACCAGAAGCAGAUAGCCAAGCCGAAGAAGCAGGCGGGUCCAGUUUGGUCUUCUAGCAAUGCCACCAGAUCAAACCACUCCAGCUUCUCCAGGCCUCUGGUGCACUCGGUGCGCAGGGAGAGGUACAGGGACUGGAGGAAACCGGGGCGGAUCAUCCGGAAAGCCACAAUCAGAGAAAGUCAAGCUGAGCGUGGCAGGUUCGAGAUUGAUUCCCACGAGGUGGUCAGCACAGAGGGUUCUCCUAAGUCCUUGGAGCCACUGGCCUCCCUCACCUUCAUGAACACCAGCGUGGUCUGCAUGCCCCAGGGGCUGCACCCCACCAUCCCUGCCCUGGGGACCCUUCUCCUGCUGGGCAGUGUCCUGCUGAACGGCAUGAGCUUCUGGGUGUUCUGCUUCUGCAUCAAGCAGUGGGAUUCAGGCAUGAUCUUGCAGUUCAACCUGGUACUGGGAGAUGUCCUGAUCAUCCCUGUUGCUCCACUCAGGAUUUCCUACCUCAGCCUCGGCAACCAGUGGCCAUUUGGGCAAUUUCUCUGCCAGUUCGAAGCCUUCCUGCACAGCGCCCACGAGUACAGCAGCAUCUAUUUCCUGACGCUCAUCUGCAUUCACCGGUACUUUGUCAUUGUUCGGUACAAGAGCAAGUCCCUCUGGAAGAAGAAGAGCUUCUUGAGAAAGCUGUCCUUGUUCGUCUGGCUCAUCCUCUUUGUCCAAGGGCUGCCUUUCUUCUUCCUCCUCAAGACUUCAGUUAUUGAUGGCUCAGCAAAAUGCCUAACUAUUAAUCAGCCAGAGCUGUCCUCUGUUUACUUCUUCUACAACAUGGUUUCGGUUGUGGUCUCUUUCCUCCUGCCCUUUGCCAUUUCCUUGACUUGCGGAGCUCUGUUGGGAUCUGCCAUUGCUAAAGCAGCAAAGAAAAGCUCCAGAGGGAAGAAGAUGAAGAGCAGGUCUCUGCAGAUGAUAACAGUGUCUCUGGUGAUUUUUGUCAUCUGCUUUGGCCCCCUGCACAUCUGCAGGACCAUCAGAGUCAUUGUGAAGUACUAUGGCAUGUCUUGCAAACUCUUGCACCAAACAGAAGUUGCCUACUAUGUCAGCUGGGUGUUCACCAUGGCAAACACCUGUCUGGAUCCCCUGAUUUAUGUGUUUGCCAAUGACAAGUUUAAGAAGAGCUUUGCUGACUCCUUUCGAAAACGCUGGGGCACCAAGUGA